AUGAUUAUAGAAAAGGUAAAGUAUUACAAACAUAAAAUAGAUAGUGAUAUCAACUAUUAUAGCGCGUACAAACGGCGACAGGAAAUUGUAUUGGAAAUAAUCGAUGAUGGAAAAAGGCGAUCAAGGUUAAACACUGAUGGUAAAACUGGAGAAUCUCCGUCCACAGUCAGUUAUAAAAAACCAGGUAAAAAUCGAAUGAAUUCAAAAGGGUUCGACAAAGCACUGCCCAUUGUCCAGAAUGAAAAACAACCAAAAGGUCAUCAGACCAAACAAGAAAAUAAAGUUAAGGAAGUACCAAAAUCAUCAUCACCAAAAUUAAAAACCAAAGAAUCAGGCAAAAAUAGUAAACAGACAAAAUCAAAAGACCUUAAAAAGCGACCAAAUGAUCGUCCGACUAAACAAACAAAUAAAAUCGAGGGAGUGUCAAAAACAAUUUCGCCAAAAUCAAUCACCAAAACGCCAGACAUUAGAGAAAAUCAGCCUAAACCAAAAACUCUGCGUCCUCGAACGUUUAACAUCAUCAAAAACAGAAAAACUUCAGAAUUGUUUGAAGAGAUAGUCUCUCAGGAAUCAGAAACGUUUUCUCUUAAAAAAUUUUCCCAUUGUAUUAGGGUAAACCGGAAAAACUGUGCCGGGCCACAAAAUGAUCAAAUAAGCGGUAAAAAGCAGAAAACAUAUCGAAAAGUCGGCUGCUACCCAGUGGAAGUUACCCUCAAACCCUUGGGUCGUUUUGUCAAUGAAUUAAUCCUUCCCAAACACGACAUGCAUCCGUUUGAAUUAGAGACAUUGUAUGAUCCUGAUUUUGUGGAUUUGAAUCAAACAGCCAGUGUGACAAAUUCAGUGGCGGUUUUACUGGAACCUCAAAAACAGUUUCGAGUUGGUGACGUCAUUAAAGUCAGAAUCGAUCUCUUCGACGGAAGUGGAAAACGCAGACGAAUUGGCGGUGAUGACGUCAGAGUGUGGAUGAAAUCUAAGGGAGAAUAUUCUCGGGUUAAUGGUUACGUCACUGAUUUAAAAAACGGAAGUUACGUGGCUAAUUUUAAUGCUUUGUGGGAAGGCGAGUCGACAAUUUAUGGAGCUUUACCUAAUACAAGGGAGGCAAUCGCUUCCAUGUUUAAAUGGUACAGACAAUAUAAAACUUUAUUCUAUUAUCGGGGAUAUUUUAAUAAGGACAACGUCAAGGAAUUAACGAUGUGUUCUGUGUUUGCCCAAAUACCCGGAUAUGACGUAGUAUGUAAUUUUACCGCUAUUAAUUACAAUCACCCAUUUUAUUGUGGUUGCCCACUGCAACAUUCUUUAACAUGCAGCCAUUUCGUCUCCUUGUACGAUCUGGAUUAUACAGAGAUAGCUUUAAAUCGAGCUCAAGCCAAAUACUUCAACAGAGACGUAACGUUUCGACCUUUUACGUCCAGAAUAAAGUUAAAGAUCUUAAAAGGUAAUAAUCCUAGAGCAAAUUUAAGAAAUUGCAGCGGGCUUCCGGUGAGAGAAACAUGGGAUAUAAAAACGCCUCCUGGAUAUUAUUCUGGUAGAGAGUUAAAACCAUUGAAAUGUGAAAAUCGUUUAAAUGACGACUCCAUAAAUCAGUGUUUGAGGAAUACGACUUUAUUUCUGUACGGUGAUUCGACUAUUCGAAGUUGGUAUUCGGUUCUUCUCAAAAGAUAUAAAUGUACCAUAAAAGUGGAAGGAUACAAAUGGUAUUUUUAUUCCGAGUGCCAUAAAAAAGAGAUUAAUUCGACUUUAAUAUGGGCACCACAAAGUUUCCCAUUUCUCUUAGGUGGUGUCGGGGACAGUGGAAAUUUAAAACUGAAAUCCGUGGAGAUUUAUUUAAAUGAAAUUCCAUCAAACUCAAAAACUAUCUUUGUUAUCCAUUUGUAUGCGCAUUUCAUUCGACAACAUUAUUCAGUUUUCAGGAACCAUAUUCGUUCACUUAAAAUUCCCCUCAGAGAUGCUUUAAAGCGAAAUAAAGAACUAAAAAUAGCCAUCAAAGGUCCGCAUAUAUUUUAUGGGACGGUGUGUCCAACUUCAAUAAACGAUUAUUUUGGUAAACUAUAUACAGAUAUUAUAUUGACAGAGCUAGCGGAGUUUAAAGACUCUGUUUGGUUUUUAAAUUAUUGGGAUACGACCACAGCCAAGGAAAACAUUCCUCUACAUCCGGGCUAUUUCAUUGUUCAGGAAGAUAUACGUUAUUUGUUGGGAUUGGUGUGUGGUAAACCGACACAUUGA